AUGCCUUGUUUUGGAUCCCAGGGACAUGGGCCUCAGCUGGACUUGACUCCAGGGACCUUGUCCUGCACUGCCCUGCUAUCUCUGCUCUUCAUCCCUAUCUUCUCCAAAGGAAUGCAUGUGACACAGCCUGCAGUGGUGCUGGCCAGCAGCCGGGGUGUCGCCAGUUUUGUGUGUGAGUUUGCAUCUUCCGGCAAAGCCUCUGAGGUCCGUGUGACUGUGCUACGGCAGGCGGAUAGUCAGAUGACUGAAGUCUGUGCUACGACAUUCACUAUAGAGGAAGAGUUGAACUUCCUAGAUGAUUCCACAUGUAUUGGCACUUCCAGUGGAAACAAAGUGAACCUCACCCUCCAAGGGCUGAGAGCCAUGGACACCGGACUCUACAUCUGCAAGGUGGAGCUCUUGUAUCCACCCCCCUACUUCUUGGGCAUGGGCAACGGAACCCAGAUUUAUGUCAUUGACCCAGAACCAUGCCCAGAUUCUGAUUUUCUCCUUUGGAUCCUUGCAGCAGUCAGCUCAGGCUUGUUUUUGUACAGCUGCCUUCUCACAGCUGUUUCUUUGAGCAAAAUGCUAAAGAAAAGAAGCCUUCUUACUACAGGGGUAUAUGUGAAAAUGCCCCCAACAGAGCCAGAAUGUGAAAAGCAAUUUCAGCCCUAUUUUAUCCCCAUCAAUUGA